UGCUAUCUCGGGACAUAAUAGUGAGGUCUUACACUAUUAGGAAAUGUGUGGGUGUAUUUCGGGACAUAAUAGUGCGGUCUUACACCAAGUACUACCCGACAUAAUAGUGAGGUGUUACACCAAGUACUACCCCAGAAGGACCCCCAGAAGUGGCAUUUCUAUGGAGCUCGGACCUCGCAAUUCUCGUGCCCAAGGCCCCCACGGCUCAACGCCUUACAGCUGCUGACUCAUGCCAACUGGCCUUAGGAGUGCAUGGAAGCUGAAGGUUUCUGUGAAAAAGAGCAGUCACUGAGAAGGAUUCACAAUUCGAGUUGUUAUGGCUGGGGGAAUUCCAAAACUUUACUGUGCAUGGUUUUGUCCUUUUGCUCAAAGAGCAUGGAUUGCUCUGGAAGCCAAAGGUGUGGAUUUUGAGUACAUCGAACAAGACCCUUAUAACAAGACCCCAGAAUGGCUCUCCAUCAAUCCUCGAGGAAUGGUGCCUGUCAUUGUUCACAACAACAAUACAGUUUAUGAAAGUCCAGUCUGCAUUGAGUAUGUUGAUGAAGCAUGGCCCAUUGAACCAAGAUUGCUACCUACAGACCCUUACCAUAGAGCUCAUGCAAGGAUAUGGGGAGAUUUUAUAGGCAAGAAAAUUACUCCAUUGUUUUAUGCUCUUCUUAUGAAACAAAGUGAGGCAGAACAACAGGGAAUCAAGCCUCGGUUGAUAAGAGAACUGCUUGAGCUGGUGAAAGCGAUGGAUCCAAAGGGGCCGUUUUUUCAAGGUGAAAAGCUUGGAUUUGUUGACAUCAUGUUGGCUCCUCAUGUAGCAAGGUUCUUUAUUCUGAAGCACUAUCGUGGUUUUGAGGUACCUAAAAGUGGAGAGUUUGAGAGAUUUCAUCUUUGGUGGGAAGCUGUGAGGAAUGCUCCUGCUGUUAAAGCCACCUUACAGGAUGACGGUAAAUUGUUGGAUAGCUACCAACGAUAUGCUGAUGCUAGUGUCAAGUCACAAGUUGGUGAUGCCAUAAGAAAAGGUGGACCAAUGCCUUAAACUUGGAGGUUUUGAAAAACAACCACCAAACAUUGGACAUACAACUGAGACAUUUGCUAUUUUGAGUAGUAAUGGUUCAUGUGGUUGGCACAAGUUGUACAUAUGAAUAAGGGUUCUUAAACCCUGUUCAGACCUGCCUUCCUGACUUAAACCAGUUAAGAACUUUUUAAAUAUAUAUAUUGAAGUAAGCGCUGCCAAAUUUUGCAACUGCAUAGGUUAAAACUGUGAAUUUGAUAUGACAUGUGAUUACAUGUCAUUAUUCUCAGAACUUGAUGUUUCCAUGGCAACCUCAUUUUGACAGGAAUGAAUUUUCAAGUUUGGAAUUAUUUAUUUAGUUUUUAUUAGCAAAAUUUAACUUUUACACAGUCAGUCCUGACUUUUUAGCAUUGCUUUAUCAGUUUUGAUUACUUUUGAGCCAUUUUUGAAGCAAGAACUUUGGUGUUAAAAUUGUACAACUGAACUAUGUAUGAUCCAUCUUAGAAACACACUUUUCUUGAAGAUCAAUGCUCUUGAAUUGAUCUGUAUGUUACUUCCUUUCCUCUUGUUCUUACUCCAUCAAAUUUUGAGCAUACUUUGGGUGCUCUUCAAUUAUGCAAAUAUUUAAUACACACCGGGCUGGAAUGCGCUGUGAAGGGGAACUUUGUUGCCCGCUGUUGUUUAAAAUUGUACAGUGGAAAUACAAAUAAAAGUACAAAGCAAUUUUCAAAA